AUGGCGACUAAAAAGUCGAAUGAUAGUCGAAUAUACACGAGCGAUUCAAAAUACGGUGUACCUGUAAUGGUUCGUGCUUCAACUAUGUUUGGUGUAAUCCUGCCUACGUCGGAUGUGCAGGGCGUACUCGGCAAGAAGGCGUCGCUGCCCUGCGAUAUCCAGCCAUUGCAUCCUGACGACAAAGUCGUGAUGGUGCUAUGGUUUAAAGAGUCCGAUGGAGAACCAUUGUACAGCUACGACAUACGAGGUCGCUCCAUAACUCAACCGAAACUUUGGUCUUCUCCAUCUGUCUUUGGAAGCAGAGCAUUCUUCAGAGGGGGAGCAUCACCAGCCGUACUCAUGGUAGAUGAUGUACAAGCCGCAGACGCUGGGGUCUACAGAUGUAGGGUCGACUUUCAGAAUUCGCCUACUAGAAACUUGAAAGUCAAUUUCACAGUUAUAAUUCCACCAAAUCGUCCAAAGAUAUAUGAUGCCAAAAAGAAAGACAGAGCUAACUUAGUAGAACCUUAUAAUGAAGGAUCUAAUGUACAUUUAAUAUGCGAAGUAGAAGGAGGGAGACCACGGCCACGAGUGACAUGGUAUCUAGAGAAUGAAAUGAUAGACGACUCUUUUGAACAAAGAACAGACGGCAUCACCAUCAACACACUUACUUUCCCUAACAUUGGAAGACAACAUUUAAAUGCAAGAUUGGUCUGUCAAGCAUCAAAUACAAAUCUUGCACCACCCGAAACUAAAGUACUGAUUUUAGACAUCAACUUAAAGCCAAUAUCAGUAACUAUACUGACGAAAGAAAAGCAAGUUUCAGCUGACAAGCGAUAUGAGAUAGAAUGUAAGACGACUGGAUCCCGCCCCGAGGCAGAUGUCACUUGGUGGAAAAACAAUAGACAUUUGAAGAGGAUGGAGAAAAAAUUUUCUGAAAAUAACGAAACACUAAGCAUUUUGAGCUUAGUGCCAAGCAUGGAGGACGACGGGAAGUAUUUGACGUGUCGGGCCGAGAACCCCAAGAUAAAGGACUCGGCUAUAGAAGACAAGUGGCGGUUGAAUGUUCAUUAUGUCCCCGUCGUAGACCUGAGGAUGGGUUCUAACCUCAAUCCGGAUGAGAUCAAGGAAGGCGACGGUGUAUACUUCGAGUGCAGCGUCAAGGCUAAUCCUAAGACGCAUCGGCUAGUGUGGUUCCACGAUGUAAGUGAUCCAAUACCAUUAGCAAAACAAUUAUUAGAUUACACUGGAUGA